AUGUCGGUGUCAGAGAUGCUCGCGCUUCCAGUGCCCGAGAAGCAGGCUCAGCGCGUGUAUCAUUUGUCGAAGGGUGGCAAGAAGCGCAAGUUCAAGCUCCGCCUCAUGGGGUCUACGACCGAGGCGGUUCGUUGCGAGCUCUGCAAGCACACGAGCAAUUCGGAGGACCCUUUGUACCCAGGCUACGAGAGGGAGUGGGCUUACUACAAGGCCAACGGCGAGCCGGAGGGGGUGGUGCGUUUCUAUUCUUCGGUGGCCCACCGAACCCGCUUCAAAGCUUGGACGCGGGAUGAGUUGAGCAAGGACGUGGACGGUAACGAGGAAAAGCAGGAGGAGUUCCUCAAGAUCGAGCAGGCGGUGAUUGCGCAGAAGCGAAAUGGGAACAUUGAGCUCGACAUGGCGUCCCUGCCAGCGCCGAUCCUAAUCGUCAAGCUGACCCCGAAGACGAGGCUCGUGACUGAGGAGGCCUUCAAGAACCGUGAAAGCAAUCCUAAGAAGCUGUCGUUCAAAGAUGCGGGCAUGCUGAAGCUGGUCGGCAACUACGAGGUCGAGCCAGGAGUCUGGAAGAGAGGCUUCAUGGAGCUCAUCGGCGAGGAGGGCACCUACGAAAUCGAGUCCAAGUUCACCAAGGGGACACAGAAGGAACACCUACUCGACGACGGACGCCCCACGAUCGACGAGGGCCAGAUCGCCGCCAACUUUCAUCAGGCCGCGAAGAAGGGCAGCAACGCUGCGGGAUCUUCAACCAUGGCGGCGAAUAAGGUUAACGACAUGAUCCAAGCGGCGAUGGCACGCAUGGCGAAGCCGGAGGACUCGGGAGAAGUCGAUGUGAAAAUGGAGGGCAACGAAGCCCAGGAUGAUGACGAGGCCAUGGGCGAGGAUGAGGACGAAGAGAUGGCCCAAGAGGUGGCCGCAGAAGCCGCUCUCGGAUUCUUCGGAAGCGAACGCCCCGCCAAGCAGUUCGGCAAGAGCGCCAAGAAGCUGAAGCGCACUGCCGAAGAGGACGUGAAAGAGGCAUCCGGCUCGUCCAAGAAGAAGGCGAAGUCUGAGGCCAUCUUGGUGGCGACCAGGGAGAAGGGCGAAAAGGAGAUGAAGGAGGUGUGCAUCAAGUUCUACAAGGGCCAGUGGAACCCAGGCCCCCUUGCCAAUAAGAAGAAGGCGAUGCAGAAGUCCUUGGCAAAAGUUCAGACUGACGUCGAAGGCCGGGUAGACGAGGCAGCUGUGCGCGCCCUGGGUGCUUGGACGGUGCUCGUGGAUGUUAUCGAUCGCAUACUUGGUCUCCUCCACUCAAUGGCGGCCGUUAAAGCCGUGCUCGGGAGCACGGGGAAGUUGCGCGGCAGUAUGGAUAAGCAGGCGAUCAGUGAUUUCAUCUCCGAGAUGGUGCAAGCGAGGCAGAUUCGGGAGCUUCUGGAUCACAUGCCCUCGUCCUUCCACGAGCUGGACUUCAAGAUGUCGGCCUGGCGUGCCAUUGAAGAGAGGUCCUUCGGCGCAGCAGUGAAAAUCGUGUCGCUGGCUCACAUUCGGAGCGUCACGGGCUCGCAGACGGCCCCCGACAUCUUGUCGGGGAUGCAGAGGUCCGUGAUGGGCAAGCUCGUUCAGGAGUGCGCUGGGGGUAGGGACUCCAAGGAGGCAGAGGAGAGCAUUCGCGGCCUUGUGACGACCUUGAACGAGGCCGCCUGCAGCGCUGAUCACGAGGAUAGCUUCACGCUGCCUGACCUCCUCCGCGAUAUCCGCAUCAUCAAGACCUUGCUCGAUGCUUCCAACGGCCAGGGCUCCGAACAAUUGGAUGCGACGAUUGCUUCGGCGAAGGCCUCGUCAUCCGGAGCGUUGUUCCACUUCCGGGUCUCCCCGCUGGGCACUAAGGUGCUGACAGCAUUGGCCAAGGCGUCGCAGCAGAAGCGCAGCACAGAGGUCUUCGAAAGGCGCUGGACGCAGGCUUCGCAUGACAUGCAUCAGCUCGCGUCGCUGAGGUGGGCGCCGAUCUCAAUCGUCGACUCCGUGGCGGCGGCAGCUGAGCAAUUCAGACGGGUUGCCAUCACGAAUGAGUUGCUGCCAGCCUUUGGCUGUUCUUUCAUGACCAUGAGCCUCGGGCCCAUCAGCGAGCUCAUCACCAUGUACGAGGAUUUACCCGAAGAUGAGGCUAUCAUUCCAGCCAGCUUCUCGGAGCAUUUGAACGCGUUGAAGGAGUCGUGCAAGGCGGUCCUCGCAGUUCUGGAGCCGCAGGCGAUCGGGAAGCUGAAGGAGCCCAUCACAGGCAUGAGCAAGGCACUGAACUGCAUGAUCGGCAUCUUGGAUUUCGCGGGUUUCAAGGUCAACACCAAGGCUGCUCUCAACAAUAUCGAGAUCAGCGAGUGCAUCGCCUUCGCGAAGGAGCGCGCGUCAUUGUGCAACGAGGCCGGGGACAACUUGGACCUGGGUGGCGGGAUUCGGGAUCGCCUCCAUCUGCCGAGGGCCGCCUCUGGCCCAGAAGCCGCCGUCCUGGGUCAAUGGACGCGCGUACUCGACGAUGUCCAGGGGGAGCUUUCGAGUAGAGCCAACAACGUACUCCAGGAGGCGUCGACCAACUUUGCGCACAGCCUUCUUCAUUUCGCCCCCGAGUUCAAGACUUUGUGCACAAAGGUGAAGGGCGAGGCGGCGACGUUCAAGGUCGAGGAGAUAUUCUGUCCUAUCGAUUUCGAGUUCGGCAACUUGCAAGGCAUCUUCAACCUGGACGGCGUCGUGGCACUCGUCCAGAAGCUGUCGCAGCAUACGCGCGCCGAGAAUCGCGAGACCGAGCUGCGCAGCGCGCUACGAGUCUGGACGGAUGGGCACCAGCUUCGAGAAGUCCAACUUGCUGCUCGUUACAGUGAUGCGCACGUCACGUUCUUCCGUGCCUUGGAUACGUUCCGUUCGACAGUGGUGCAAUCUUGCCCCGCGGCCAUGUGCCAUAAAGCAGCAUUCAGCACGCCGAAGAAGCCACCGCAGAAGGCUACGGGCUCGAGCGGCUCCAGCCAGAGCGCAGAGGGGGAGAAGAGCAUCGUGAACGCGUCGUUGGUCAACCUCAUCGUGGAGAUCCACAAGGAGGCACAGAAAUUGUCCGACCUGGGCGCGGUCGAGUUGAAGGCGUUCUUCGAGGGCGACGACCACAAGGCUCCUUUGCUGAACGGCGAGGCCAAGACUAAAGCGACGGCGUCGAUCCUUGGUCUUACCAGCUCCCUGGCUUGGAGGUGGACGGCUGCGCUGGACGCCGGGAAUGUUUCGAUGAAGGAUCUGAUGCCGAAGGGCGAUUGGCAGGGCAAGGCCGUCGAUGGCAUUGACGAGACGUACUGCAAGGACUCGCUCCUGAAGAACCCGAACCACAUCCGCAUGGCGCAGUUGUGCGAGUGGUUGGAGGGCAAUCUCAGAGACAUCAAGGAUGCCUUCACUAAGAUGCCCGAGUUGUCUGAGGAAUCAGCCACCGAGUCCAAGAAGGUUCUGUUUGUCGGGAAUGGCGCCACCGCCACCAAGAAGGACGACCGCCAGAAAAUUAAGACGGAGCUGGAGAGCACACUUCAGAAGUCGAAGAUCGAGAUGUCCACUGGCCUGAAUAACUACCUGGUGGAGUGGGCGACCAGCGACGCA